UAAUUUUUUUUAUAUAAAACCCUUGUGGAGCGAACUUCUUCCACAAUUGUUGAGCAAUUUUUUAUGAAACAUGGUACACGUAAUGAUCUUAAAGUGCAAAUAAGCAAGACAUACAUGUUGUGUAUGUCAAAUGAGCCGUUGCCAUGGUAACAGCAAAUUUUUGCCAAAAAUGCCAUUUAAUUUUUUAUUUAUUUUUUUUAUUUUUUACAGUUUAGAUGCAGUAUAAAAUGGUUCCAGUAACUUGGCAUAUGAAUUGGUGAUGCGGGGGUAUUAAUCACAUUGAGUGAUAUUUCUAUUAUUUUCUUCUCAUGGCUUGUUUCCUAUGGCUAUGCCAUGGCAUGAAAGCAGAUUAAAUUAUCACAGUCUUAAAAUUCAUGCAUUCUCUUAUUCAAUUGUAUUUCCUAUUAGAUUCUUCAUUCAACUAGAACAGUGAAAAAAGGCUGACCGAGUUUGACCGAGUUUUAGAUGUGCUACAGCCUACUAUAGGGGACCUACCAGAGCAUGUGCAUGAUCUGAUUUCCUGAGAGCAUACCAACUUCAAGUACCUUAUGGCAACUGAAAAUCCAAAUGAAGUCUUCGUGGCAGGUGGGCCUACAGCUUUUCGUGAAGGGUCCAACACUUUCAAGCGACCAAAGCUUGAGGAGGCUGUCAUCUCAAGUGACUCAUCGGACGAGGAAACUCACCACUCCAGUAAUGAUGGACCAGCAUUAUACAGACACAAGUGGCAUGUAUUCAAAGAAAAAAAUUCCUUCUUUAAAGACAGUAAGCGGAUAGCAAAGACACUGCUGUUCCCAUCAAUACAAGUGAACAACUCUGUACCAGUUGGUUGUGACCAAGAAUUGUGCUUCUUGAUAGAUUCUUCUCAACUUCGUUUUAAAGAAGAUUUGACAUGUGAUGAAACUGGGAAAUACCAAAAGCCUAGUAGGGCCAAAAGUGAGAUCACCAUAGACAAGGAUGACAAUAUUGGAUCCUGCGAGGAUAUUGGGGACAGCAGGAAGUAUACACUAGUGCGUAAAUACUAUAAGCACAAGGAUACCCCUAACUUUCACAGAACACUGUAUGAGCUGCAUGAUGCAGAGGACGGUAGGCCUAUGCAUCCAAUAUGCAUGAUACGAUACGAGUGGAGGGGGGAACAGACAGAGCUCAUCAUGAGUCCUCACGGCAAUCAGAAGAACUCCCUGGGGCAACCAUUCAUUAGAUCAAAAAAGGAACUUCUACAGAACCUAAAAAUGUCGCAUAAUUGUACCUCUGCCCAAAGAGUGGUUGAUGAGUGCUAUGAAAAAGAGGGAGGAAGUGAACUACAGUCUUUGUCUUCCGUUCCAAGGGAUAUAAAACAAGUAUACCGCCAUGGUUCAGUAAAGUCAAAGAGCUUGGACUUUAAUAAACUUCUCAUGAUGAAUAUGAAAGGAGAUUUCGUCAAGAGUGUAGAAUUUUGUCAUGAAAAAUCAAGAGGAACAAUGCCACGAUGUGUGUUGUACACAGAUAAGCAGGCUGAAGACAUGCUAAGAAACGUUUGUGACAAAGGAAGAGUUCUUGUGUUUGACGCAACUUUCGAUUGUGGGCCCAUGUACGUGACCAUUGCAUGUUAUCGUCAUGACAGCAAUGACAAGUCAGUAAUGAUGCCUGGUGCAAUUUUGAUUCACGGGAGAAGAGACUUUGAAACGUACCGAUACUUUGGGCAUGAGUUGUCUAAAUGUCUUCGGAACACAAGCAUACCAUUCUUUGGGACAGAUGGAGAACUUGCACUUCAGCAGGGCAUAGCAGCCACCUCGAGCUUCAAGGAUUCAAGUCAUCUUCACUGCAUGCUUCAUCACAGGAAAAACUGUGAAACCAAGCUAGCUAAACUGGGUGUCACAAGCUAUGCUAGUCGGAUCCUACGUUCGAUCUAUGGAGAGCAAGUAGGGAGCACAAGGUAUGAAGGAUUAGCAGACUGGAACUCGGAGGAAGAGUACGAAGUGCAGUUGGCAACAUGGGCUCCACAGUGGGAUGCUAUGGAGACGGCAGAAACUCAUAAGGAAGCUGAGUUUUCGACAUGGUUUCGUCGCUUCAAAUCUCAAGAUGUGAAAACGUCCAUGUUGAAGCCCUUGCGCACCCAGGCAGGCCUGGGAGAUCCACCAAGGCAGUUCACAACAAAUAAUGCUGAGUCAAUAAAUGCUAUGGUGUCCAGGUGGAUCGCUGAAAAAAAGGGCUGGGAUGAACUUGCGAAAGGUCUCCAUGACUUUGUUCUUUCUAAAUACCGCGAGCUAGAAAUGGGAGUCCUUGGUAUUGAGCAGCAUACAGAGUUGUCAAUAGGACCUAAUGAGAGCUCAGUAUGUGGCUUCACUUCAGACCAGCUACAAAAUGUUUGGCAUAAAGCUGGACUUAUUCUUCAGUCACCUGAAAACAUUGUGAGUGCUCCCAACAACACAAAAAUAACUGUAUGUUUCAGUGAAACAUCAAGCUACACUGUGACACAAAAUGGAGACUUGGCAAAAUUUGUCUGUGAGGAUAAGUGCAAGUCAUUCAACUUCCAUGAGGGGCUCCUUUGUGAACACUGCUUGGCAGUAGCAGAGCAUAGAGGUGUACUAGCUGAUUUUCUUGUCACAGUCAAUGCCAGGAAACGUGCAUCCACCCUAAGUCCCGUGAACAAGGCCUUACAAAAGCAAUGUGCGGGUAGUGGAAAGAAACGAGCAUCAAAGCGCAGGGGAGCAAAUAAUACUGUUUAGAUGUGAGGUCAAGAAUGUAGUUAGAAUGCCACAAACUCACCAACUGUUUUCGUUAGCAAGGUAACUUUGGCCUAUAAGCUUUCAUUAACAUGCAUGUAGCAUUUAAUGAACUGGCAAAAGGCAUUUUUGACUUUGUUCAUAUUCUUGAUUUUUAACUGUCUUUUACACUUGUGAAAUACUCAAUGUAGUAAUACAAAAAGAGUGAAAUGCCUAAGUACAGUUACCCAAAGAAUCUUUAAGUGGACUGACAGCUAGAAGUUGUCAAUUUCAUAAUUAAUUGUUAUGAUUGUCUUGAUGCAGAAGAAUGUAUCAUGCUAUUAAAUGUUUUAUUUUCAUAUGUUAUUGUUGCUGUUAUAGUACAGUCAUGCAGUCACAAUAACCAAACAGGUGUUUGCUUUAUUGAAAAGAGGCUGCAGUGAAGAACACUGCAAUGUGCAGGCAGUACUACUUAAAGUGAUGUUCUCUUGGAUGGGGUAAAACAAAAAAAUGCACUCUCUGUCAGAUUGUACUCGGAUUGAAAGUUCAAUCAUAUGUCAAAAAUGUCAAAGGGGUGUUCCAUAUAUAUUUUUCUGAUUUUUGUAUCUGAAAGUAAAUGAAUUAAUUACAACAAGAAUGUGUUUAAAUCUAAUAGAAAUAUGAUUUGAACAAGGAUAAUGACAGAUGCACAAACUCAAUUUAUGUGGUAGUGUAUUUCUAUUAUAAUUUAGGGACGGAACAAUAUGGAGACAUGCAUAAAUACAUUACUUUCGACACUGUUCAGCAGUUGGUAUUGUAAUAGGGUAGUCAUAUACUGCCACAUACAGGUAGUAGGAAUGUGUGCACUCUACAGACAGCACUGACAUGUAUGACCAUUCUGUUCAUUGUGAAAGCAUUAACUGUUUUAUG